GAAACAGGAAGAUGGUUCCAACAGUUCUGAGGAAGGGUCACCGGACCCGAAAGUGAAUAUGGAAGCCAUAUUGAAGGAUGAAUUGGUAUGUCUGUUCUGUCGUUACCCUGAAGGCAUUGCUCUACACAAGUUAGAGAAACUUUAUAAAAAGCAAUUCAAGAAGGAUUUAAAUGCUGAAGACUACAAAUUUCCAACAGUACAAGCCAUGGUGGAGUCAAUGGAUGACUUUCUGUGUCUAAUACCCACGAAGAAAGGGUUCACCAUCAAAGCCAAAUCUCGACGUAACUUGAGAAAAAUGCGGGCCAGAAGCCUUCAAAUUCCUGGUACAUCUUUUGGUUCUUCUGAAACUCAGACUUUGCUUCAGGGAAAAACUGACGGUGAUUGCAAACCAGAGGAUAAAGCUUCUUUGGCACAGCUACCAUUGCAAAGAAAAAUCUCAAAAGGUAAUGAUUUAUUGGUGAUUCGGGAAGAAAUUUUAAAUUUGCUUAAGGAUAAACCCAUGGGCAUCCCGGUUCGACGGAUAAGGAAGGCGUACCGGACAGCUUAUGGUCGACCCCUGAAUCUGUACGCUGGAUCUCUCCAAAGUUUGCUUAAGCUGAUGAACGAUAAGUUGUUUGUUCAACAUUCAGGAACGUAUGCUCUUGUUUUUGAAAAUGAGUUUGCAGCAGUUAAUUUGAUGGAGAAACUUCGUGGUGAGAUAUUGGAGCUCUUGCAAAGUGAACCAAAUGGCAUUCCUGAAAGGAAACUGUGCGAAAUGUACAGCAAGAAAUAUCGACGCAACCUCAGAACAAAAUCUUAUGGGUUUGGCUCCAUUAACGAGCUAAUCCAAUCCAUGACUGAUUUGGUGGAUAUAGUCCCCUCAUCUGGAAAAAACAUGGUGUUCAAACUAAAGCCCACUCAGCAUGUUGGAGCAGCAAAAACAGAUCAGCACGUAGCCCAAGGGUCAAAGGCAGCUUCAGCUCCCUUGCCAAGUUUGGAAAUCACAAACAGCAACAUCGCGAGUCAAAGCAUCUUUCCAUUUGCUCCGCUGCCACAAGCUGUUGGUGCAACAUAUGGACAAAAUGUAACACCAAUGAGUAGCAGGUUCUAUUCUCUGCCGUUGAUCCGUUUUCCAAUACCACAAGUAGCAACGUGUGGUUUCACAGAACGUCAGACAGCCUCACCAGCGUUGUCAUCAACUUCUUCAGAGGAUGAUCUUGAAAAAAACAGAGGCUGUGCAGAACCAAAAAGUUGCCAGAAGGAAGACACUUCAAAGAAAGUAAAUCAGCCAGCAACUGAUUUCAGUCUGGGACCUGAACAAAAUAAAACAGGGCAACCAGCUGAACCUUACACCCUUCAUCAAAAGAUCAAUGCUUCAAUAAAUCCAGGAUCACGUUCCGCUUCCCCUGCGCUGACAGCAGUGUCUUCAGAAGACUUCCCUGCAUUAGACACAAAAAUAUCAAAAGAAAUGCUGAAAAAGCUGAAAGAGGAGGAAUUGAAGAAGAUGCGAUCGAAGGACCGAUUCACCCAAAACUACCAUCGAUGUGUAAGAGAGGAACAUAGUUCUGUGACGCAGGCAGUCGAAAUGUUAGCCUCAGAUCCUCUAUUGUCCUCCCAAAAUAGGAGAAUCAAUGUGGAAGAAGUGAAUCAACAAGCCGAAGAGUUUAUUCGUGCUUUAGCUGCUGAAGGAGAGCAGGUCACUGAAACAAAGGUGUUGCACGAAGUUUGCAGACACUUUCGGGUUCGAAACCUGAAAGACAUUGGCAUCUGGUCACCUGGCAACCAACUCUCUGCCAUUCAAGAACUUCGUCGGACACAGCGAGAAGUCACCAUUUUCAUUGAAGCUUUUGAAACUGUCCGGACUGUCUGUACUCUUUACGAGCUGAACCAGUGCUUGGGAGCACUGAAAAACAAGCAGAGCUUUGAAGACCUGAAACUCGGCCCUUUAUGCAAACAGCCCCUUGUGCACAGGUUAUUCAAAGUGCCUGAGUCUUUGAAGGAUGAGGAUAUAUUUGAAAUUGAGACAGUGGAUAUUUUACAGAGUAUCCGUGCAUAUCGAAAAUCCAGCAAAGCACAAAGAAUAGAUCUGGCUGACUUCAUAAAAUAUUUAGCAGACCAAUACCGUUGUGACUCACCGUACGCCCUUGGUAUCAGAAUUACUAGCAUCGGACUCCUAAUAUCAACAUUGGGGAAGGCUUCAAGCACAGAACGAGCUGCUAUAGACAAGGCAAAGAAUCGAGUUCAGAAUGAAAUAGAAGAGGAAGUGAAUAAUCGUUUCAACAAAGUUAAGAAAAGUGUGAUGGACCCGUUUGGUGGACCACAUCUGUAUUCUACCAGUGGAUCUCUGGAACUCCGGAAGCAGUAUGCCUCUAUGACAGCAGCAGAUACAAUCCUUCAGGUGUUCUUAAAUGUAAAGGAUGUCUUCAGUGGUAGAAUGACUAAGUAUGUUCAGGAAUUCCUGAUCAAGAUAGGAGAAGAUCGUUUGGCCCGAUCACUCUUUCAGUUGGCCAUUUGCUGUGGUUCCCUGGAAAUUCCCGAGGACUUGGUAGCAAAACAGAAACCAGACAAGGCAGUUGUAAAUAUAGCAGAGGACAAUGAAACUCCACUUCCCAGUGAAGGAUCUGUAAGAGAGUAUUUGGAAAAGACCCUCUCCACUGUGACUGGAUACUUGAGUCUUGUCUAUUUAUGCAAACUGGAGAAAAAAUUAAUUGAUCACUUCAAAUUGAAAAGCUUUGUUCACAUGGGACAUGGCACUUUCCUCGAAUAUCUGCUGAAACACUCUCAGCUGCUAGAAGAAACUGCUGGGGGAAGUCUGUUUCUACAUCCACAAGAUGCUGGAACUUGUGGACUCCAACCAAGUCACCAAGAUGUGUAUGAGUUCAUCAGGCAAUGUGGAAGCCUGGAGGAGUCUAUGUUUCCAGCAAUCGAGGCUGCACUGCGUAAUCAGUUUCGGGUGAGAGAUAUCAAGCAACUUGGAUAUGGGACAUUGUCCAAGAUAGUGAAGACGGUACAACGCCAAACCAAGUCGCACACUGGGCAUAACAAUCCUCACAGCUUGGUGCUGUAUGAAACCACACUGUUAAUUGAAGAAUCUAGUCACUGCACCAUUGAUUCAGGCAGUUCUGUUGGGCUCCUUGGGGAUCUGAGUCAAGAACAGGCUUUGUCAUGUCUGUUGAAUGCUCCUUUGUUGGAAGAUCUCGCAGAAUGGUCACAAUGGGAAACAGUAUUUGAAGCACAGCAUGGUUCACUCAAGGACUUCAUCGAAAGGCACUGUGGCAAGAAAGCAGCUCAUCUUGGUUGGGAAAGCUCGGCUGUGUUCAAUGACCUAGCCGCGAUAGAAGUAAAGCCAGGUGUAUUAUUGAGACUCACCACUAAAACAAGCCCUGAUCUCUUUGCUCAAGCAGCCACCUUACAUGACCCUGUGGGAACAGCAGGGCAUUUAGUUUCCAUUGUAGCUGCAGAUGGAUUAAGAAAUGCUCCCUUGGCAUUGCUAGCUAAUCAUGUGGAAACUACUUUGGCAGCAAUCGGAGGAUCAGAAGCAAACAUCUUGUCAACCAAAGGUAUAGCUUCAAAUCUCUCCACGAAAUUCAUUCUGGAUUGUCUAAUCAGGAUUCCAGUGAGACUCUGCAAGUCACUCCUACAUAAGGUAUUCCUGGAGUCAUUUUCUCGAGUGAUUGGACAAUCUGAAUCAAAAGAACUUUUGCUUCAAGCCGCGAGAUCCUCCUCCAUGCACCUGAACCGAUUACAUGAACUGGGAAUUCUUCUCGGGAUCACGGAAUGGAUCAGAGACUACCAAACCAAACUGGACCCGGGAAAACUUGUAGAGCUUGCAUCAAAAGGCACGAAGACAGUGGACUCUGUGUCAGUGAGCAGCAGGUCUUCGCUAGCAGACCUGAGUGAAGCUGAAGAUUCUGAUGUGGCCAAGUCUGAAUCCAACUCAGAAUAUAAAAGUGCAUCAGUCAGUUCAGGUGACGAAGUGGAUGAGGACAGUGAAAAGUUUAUGCUUGCGGAUGACGUGAGUACCCAUCCACCAAGUGAGGAGAAGCUGCCUGAGCGCAGCGGUGACGCUGUGGUCGUAAAUGAUGCUCCACCAGAUUUAACAAAUAGCGAGGAGUGUUCAGCUGGUAUUGCUGACGACGAAAGAAACAAACACAGGACCAUCAUUGAGAGCAUCAGGAAAAGUGAAUUUGGCAUUGGGAUUGAACUAAACAACGAGGGGAAAAAGCUGAUGGAAGUUCACCAGAAUCGAUUGGGUAGAAGCCUUGAACGCUUGUCUACAGAACUAUACAGUAAAGAUACACAUUUUGUCUUGGAACUGAUACAGAACGCAGAUGAUAACAGCUACCCACCUUCCAGCGAUAGCCCUCCUAGCCUGCUGUUUGUGGUGGAAAAAGACUACAUCAUUCUCCUGAAUAAUGAAUGUGGUUUUCAGGAGAAGCAUAUCCGAGCAAUCUGUGAUGUGGGCUGCAGUACCAAGGGGAAACAUGAGUACGGCUACAUAGGUCAGAAAGGUAUCGGGUUUAAAUCUGUUUUCAAAGUCACUGACACUCCAGAGAUUCACUCUAAUGGUUUUCACAUCUGCUUUGACAAGCAUAGUGGUCCAAUGGGAUAUAUCCUUCCUCAUUGGAUUGAAGAUACAAGGCCUGUAAACUUAAUAGGAUCAGAAGCUGAGAAAACAAGAUGGACAACAAAGAUAGUCCUGCCGCUAAAGUCACAGAACCAGCAAGCGCAGAGUCUGUUCCAUGAUGUUGACCCAUCAUUGCUGCUCUUCCUGCACAGACUUCGUUCCAUUACAAUCAUUAACAAGGUAAAAGGCCAGGAUUUCUUAGUGACACGUCAAGAUCUCAACAAUAACAUACUGGAGGUGAAACAUAAAACCGGAACUGACCGAUGGCUCGUGAUCAAGAAGACUCUAGAUGCGAGAAAGAUUAAAGACAAUGUGGAACUCACUGAACUGGCUCUUGCCUUCAAACUUAACAUGGAGAAGCGGAAACUGGCUGUGAGAUGCCUGCCAGAGAAACAGCCUGUGUUUGCCUUUUUACCAUUGAGGAGCUUCGGUUUCCGCUUCAUCAUACAAGGUGGCUUUGAUAUUCCUUCCUCCCGUGAAGAUAUUGACCGUGACAGUCCCUGGAAUCAGUGGCUGCGUUCUGAAAUCCCACAGCUGUUUCUGAAAGCGAUGGAAACAUUCAAUAACCAUCCGAAUUUCAAAGGACUAGAAGGUCUGUGCCACUUCCUGCAGUUUAUUCCACUCCCUGAUGAGAUUUUGGAUUUCUUUCAACCUGUUGCCGGGCAGAUUAUUCAGCUCCUUAAAGCACAGGCCUGUUUACCCACAAUAGAAGACAAAGAUGGCAAGGCUGAAUACAGAUUGCCUUCCCAGAUGGCUAUAACACAUGAUACCUUGGUACAAGAAGUAAUCACCCCAGAGCGCCUUCAGAAACAUCUGAAUCUGGCUUACCUGAGCCCAGUGGUACAGUCUGCACUUAAUCCAGCCCUGGUUUCUGCCCUGGGGAUACACAAACUCUGCAGCACCGAUAUUAUUGCAGUCACAAAAGCCAUUGCAAAGGAAGUUACAGAGACCAGUUCUGCUGUUAAUGAUGAUGACAUGAAAAAGAUUGCAAAAUUACUGGUGUGUAACUAUCGCAGCCUCGAACAAGAAUAUGGGAAUACAGAUCAGCUCUUGGAUGAUUUGAAAUCAGUGCCAAUCAUUCCUCUUGCUGAUGGAAGUAUGGGAUCACUGAAAGGUCAAGCCAUAUUUUUCCCCCUCUAUGAUGAAGAGAAUGAACAAUUUGUAAACCGUGGGCUAGGUAUUCAGGAACUUUAUCGGGAUCUGAAGACUGUCCACCCCAAUGUGCUUACCUGCCUGGACAAUCUGGGUAACUCCCAGGUUCGCAAACUUCUAGAAAGGAUGGAUCUUUAUUAUCUUAAACCAGAGAAAGUCAUAUUCGAGUACAUUCUACCCACCGUAAAGGACCAAAAAUGGAAGGAGAAGUCUCAGGGUAUUGUGAUCAGCUACAGCAUCUUCCUCAAGAAGCAUUGCCAGGAUAAUGAGCUACAGCAGUUUAGACCAUACAUUCCAGUGCUUACUAACAAGGGCUUUGUCUGCCCAUUACAUGUUAAUGUCAACUUUACAUGUAACUACAAGAAUACCAUCAAUUUACCGGUGGAUCUUCCAGGUGUUGACUGGGUACUAUUGGACUCAUGCUACCUGCAGACCGAUAAUGAUUCUGAAGGAUGGAGGACCUUUUUCAGUUCCCUUGGUGUUCAGGAUUUGUUUGUUUUUCAAAAGAAAAAGUGCACUUUCACAAAACAGGAACUGGCAUCUAGCCCGUGGGCACGUGUCUCUGAUUUGUGGCCCAACACAGCAGAUAAUACAUACAUUGUGGAAGAUUAUGUCUGUCAGGAGCUUCACAGCCUCUUGACUACAGAAGCUCUGCCUGAUCAGAUGAAAUUCCAACAGAGGAUUAAACUGCUGAAACUUUUUGACAGAAACUGGGACUCUGGUUGCAGAUUCUCUCAGUAUUGCACAGCCAGACUCUUUGACAGCCAAGAUAAAAUCCUAAAGAACGAAAUUCAUUCUUCUUUUGCAAUUUAUCUUACAACUCUGUCAUGGUUACCAACUUCCAGCCCAGCUGAGAAUGGCUCAGGAUUUUGUUCAGCGUAUCUACGUCCUAGUGAGGUAUACCUGAGAUCAAGCAAUUUAAUGGAACUAUUAGCUAACCGCGUCAGCUACGUAUGUUGUGAUCUGCUUGAACAGAGCACUUUUGCUGCUUUCGCUGGUAUUAAGACCUCAGUUUCUGUGGACAUGAUGAUCAGCCACUUCAAAUCGUGGUGUGUGAAGAAGCUUCCAAGUGAAGCUGCUGAUUUGGAAGGUGCAGAAUUUCAGACAUCAGCAGAGCACAUUCACAGGGUUUACGCUUACUUGGCUAGGAACUGCAGUGGGAGCCAGCUGACAGAACUGUUCAAGCAUUUCCCAGCUGUGUUUGUACCUACCAGCAUUGAACCGCUUUGUUCUGGAAAAUUCUGCCAUUUGAAGGACGUAUUUUGGCAUGACCCAACUGGAAUGUUCCAGCGAUAUAAAUGUAAAAUUCAGGAUACUAAGGGAUCUUUCCAGGAACCUUACCUGCUUGCACCUUUCUACCAUCAAUGGAACGAUAUGAAAGAUCUUUUUCAGAAGACUCUCGAUGUUGAGAAAAUACCAGCCAUGAAACACUACGUGAGUCUGCUGGUGCUCAUAUGCAGUACAGUAUCAUUUCCCAGCAGUGACAUCCUACAGGAUGUGUCAGUGAUUUAUGCCAUUCUAGCUGAGAAAUGCAGGAGCUAUGAUAGUGAUGAUACUUGGGAACUACAGUAUCACUAUUGCCAGACGCUUAAAGGGAUGGUAAAGGAUGAAAAAGUCUUUCCAGCCAAGGAUAAUCGCUGGGUGUCCCUGGCCAGCAUGCCUCUGAUACCAGACAAUAGGCAACUGGAGCGCAUUUUUAAAGCACAUUCGCUGUGUUUGCUCAAUCGACCUGCAGCCGAGAGGAAUCCAACAAACACCAAGUCCAAACGAAAGCAAGAGGUUCGAUUUAAUGAGGAAGAUCGCGACUUAUUUUUUGAGAUCUGUGGAGUGAAGUCACUUUCCAGCUGUAUCAAUGUGGAAGCCCAGACUGAGAAUUAUGUACCCUGUCCAAAAGUCCAAAACUUUGUCCACUCGCUGGCUCCAUUCAUUCAGAGAUGGUUCUUUCACCACGAUGAUUUCAGUCACGUUUAUGAAGAACUACAAGAUAGUAAUAUUGUUGCAAGGCUUAAGUCGAUGACAUUCAUACAGGUUGGUAAACUGUAUCUCCAUUAUAAAUUAACUUUGCCGGAUGAUUCCAUUAUUUAUGAGAACGAGGAUAUAGUUUGUUAUUUAAAGGAUGGUAAGGAUCUCUACAUCCAGAAGGAUCACAUCACUUCAUGCACAGACAUCUACAGGGAGUUUGUAAAGAUGUAUAGUGGUGGAAGGGUAGAAAUUGAAAAGGAACUCGAACGCUUCCUUCAGCGUCUCAUCUCCUACUUCAAGGAUGAAGCCGCGCUGAAAAAGUUUUUAAAGAUGGAGAGUGUUGAAGAAUUGACAGAAGAUGAAGAGAAAUGGGAGGUUCCCACUGCCUUAGAGAUAAGAUCAGAGCCACCACGACCUCCAGCACCGAUUCUAAUCCAAGAUAAAAAGGAAAACAGUAAAGAAACCCUGGAGAGCAAAGACAGCAAAACAGAUGAAGAGAGGACUCUGGCAAGCUGGCCUCCCAAAGCAUCCCUUCAUAAUUACACUGAUGGAACAUUCAGUAAAGCUGCAGAAGCUGUCAUGAGAAUGUGGCCGCCUCCUGCGCCCCCUUCAGGCUCUACUGAUAAGGUGGCUGCCAGUGACCACCUACAGCAGCAUCAUCCUUCCCCACAGUCUGGUGACCUACAUAGGUCUCUAAGCACAAGCACCAAGGCCGGCGGGGAACAUCCUCACCAUCUGGAACGGCAGAAAAGUGAGAGCCACCCUGUAGCCACUGCAGAACACAUUGAUCCAGCAUCAAUUUCAGAGCAGAAGGUGGAUUCAGAUCAGUCCAAGCCUACUACGAGCCAAACACAAACACAACCCCCUGUUACUGCAAGUGACCAUACAAGUCAGCAACCAGUGGUAUCGGUGACUCAGGCCAAUCUCUUCAGUGCAGCUGAUAUAAACACAUCCCGUCCAGCCAUUCCACUUGACAGCCCAGUAUGGACAAAAGAGGUGCCACAUGAGGAGGUCCUGGAGGAGCUGCUGUUAGAUGAUAUGAUGGAAAAACCACAGACAGUCGUGUUCAACGAGGACAAGAUACAGAAUCAUGCCAUUGGAGAAUGGGGGGAGCGCCUGGUUCAUGCAUUCCUCACACACUGGAAGGAGAGCGAUAGCCAGCACAAACCCAGGGACAUUAUGUGGGCAAAUGAGAAUGGGGAGAGCGGUCUGCCCUAUGAUUUCAAGGUCACGUUCACUUCCGUGAAUGACGAACAGGUGGAGAUCUUCAUUGAAGUUAAAUCCACAAUCAAAGCUGAGAAGAACUUUGUACAACUUUCAGCUCAAGAAGUGGACUUGGCACUAAAGGUCAGAGAUCGUUACCACUUGUACAGAGUGUACAAGGCAGGGGACUCUCAGAAUGUUCAACUGUGUCGAAUUAAAAACUUGGCACAGUGUUUGCAUGCCAAACAACUUGAAUUGUUUCUGUUUGUGUAAAUGCUAUACUGGUUUUAGAGGUAAUUAUUCAAGUGUAUUGCUUUUAUGUAUUUUUUGUAAAUUAGCAAUCAACUAUUACAAAGCACUGCAGAAGUUAGGAAUAUUCGGCAGCUCUGGAGAGUGGUAACAUUUCAGGUUGUGUUCCUCUCAAAAUCUGAAGGUUACACACCUAAAUUAAGUUUCUGUCUCCAGAGAUGGUAGAGUUGCUGAGUAUCUGUCAUUUUUCAUUUUUAUUCAAUUGUAACUGAUAAAGUAGUGGUGGCUUAAGACUGCAGCGAUGAGAUAUUUUGGGAACUCCUUUUUAAUCAAUGUUUUUAUACAUUUGGAAAAUGUAUCCUCUAAGCAAAUAAUGUUUAAAAUAAUAUAUGUUCACUAUAAAACUUCCGUCUACUGCAUGAUUAUUUCCUAAAAAUGCAUUACCCUUCACCUCU